CUGGUUUGCUGGAAGUGACACCUGAGGCUCGGGACAGGAGCAGGAGACGUGGGACAAGAGACGACUUAAUUUGAAGUGUUGCUGCUGUAUUGUGCUGUCUGAGGGGGAGAGGAUGUCUCUGAAUGAAGAGGGUUAUGUUGUCCGGAUCAGAGGACUACCCUGGUCCUGCACACAGGAGGAGGUUGCCAGUUUCUUCUCAGACUGUGACAUCGUUGGGAAAGUGAAUGGAGUGUGUUUCACCUACUCUAAAGAAGGCCGUCCCAGUGGAGAGGCAUUUAUUGAGCUUAUAACGGCAGAGGAUUUCAAGAAUGCCCUUUCCAAGGACCGUAAAUACAUGGGACACAGAUACAUAGAGGUGUUCAAGUCUAACCGCAGUGAAAUGGACUGGGUGCUGAAGCGUAGCGGUCCUGCCGACUAUGACAGCUGUAGUGGCUGCAUGCUGAGACUCAGAGGCCUUCCCUUUGGCUGUAGCAAGGAGGAGAUUGUUCAGUUUUUCUCAGGGUUGAGAAUCGUGCCAAAUGGGAUUACUCUGCCAGUGGACUACCAGGGGAGGAGCACAGGGGAAGCCUUCGUGCAGUUUGCCUCAAAGGAGAUAGCAGAAAAGGCUCUGGGGAAACACAAGGAAAGAAUAGGGCACAGGUAUAUAGAGAUUUUUAAGAGCAGUCGUAAUGAAAUCAGAGCCUACUAUGAGCUGCCCCGGCGUGGGAUGGGAGCCCAGAGACCAGGCCCAUAUGAUAGACCCAUGAUGGGAGGCCCCAGAGGAGGCUUUUUCGGGUCAGGGCCUGGCCGUAGUGGGGCUCUGAUGGACACAAUGAGGAGCGGAGUUAGCUACGGAGGUGGUUAUGGUGGCUUUGACGGCUACAAUGGUUUCAACAACUACUGUUUUGGAAACGGCAUGUUUGAUGAGCGAGUGAGAGGCGAAAGGGGAGGACGAGGCAUGGCCAGCCAAGGUUACAGUGGUCAAGCCGAUGGCUGUUCAGGGUUCCAUAGCGGCCAUUUUGUCCAUAUGAGAGGGUUACCUUUCCGCGCCACAGAGGGAGACGUUGCUAAAUUCUUCUCUCCUUUGAAUCCACUGAGGGUCCACAUCGACGUGGCUCCUAACGGCAAGUCAACAGGAGAAGCAGAUGUGGAAUUUCGCUCCCAUGAAGACGCUGUGGCAGCCAUGUCCAAAGACAAGAACCACAUGCAGCAUCGCUAUAUUGAGUUGUUCCUAAACUCAACAUCCAGUGGGGCUGCUGAGAUGAGUCGCAGUGGUGGUGGUUACUACGGUAACUCAAGUGGGGGCGGAGGCUCACGGAGCAGUGGACUGCGAGGUGCAUACUGAUGAUGUCAUCCCACUCCUCCAAAUAAUCCUGACGUGUGUCUCGUGUGUCUUUAGGCCGUUUGAAUUCAGUUUCCAAGCAGGAGAGCUGAUCUGAAUCAGUCAUUGUUGUGAGAGUCUUUUAAAAAUAACAAUUGUAUAGCAGCUGCACUUCAACACCAGAUAUAUCAACAAGCACUAUCAAUACACCAUUCCUAAGGCACAUGGAGAACAAAACAACUUAUCAAUAUUGAAAAGUUGGGGCUGUUGUCAGUGCCGACCGUGAUGGAUGGAUAUUCUGGGAGAUUCCUUGUUCAUCUUGUUUUAAAAAGUUAUAACUCAGUUCAUGUUUUUUCAAAUGAAAAAGUUAAUUAUCACCCAUGAUUUGAAUAAGAAAAAUCAAACGUUGUUUAUCAGAGCUUUGAAUAGUUUGAACUGAAUGUGUUAUUUUUCAGUGACUUUGUCAGGAUGCACUUUAAAUAGUUAUGGCAAAAGAUGCUCAUCUGGAGGCACAGCAGGAAGUUGGCAAAACAUUACACAGCUCUGUGGACAGGAGUAAAGAUUUAUUUUGAAAUGUAUUUAGUUUAUUCUGGUUUCAACUGAUUCUUCGAACAUCUUGUUUCAGCAGAACUUUUGUUGAGCACAGAUACAAACUGAGUUUCAUAUUCUCUUUCCUGCUUUGAACAGUUUGAUACAUGUGAGCCAGUGCGUGUUUUUUUAUGAAUGUUUUCACUGCUCAUUUCAGAAUUGAAAACUAAGUUGAAUAUUCUACUCUGAAAGAGUGGAAGUAAAAUAAAUUCUCUAUAUUUGAGCUGUAAGAUGGCUUAUACAGCUGUUGUACAUUUUGCUGAAUAAAUUUUAUAUUUAAUU